AUGGCACAUACGUCACAGCAGUACCCGGAAAUGGAGCAGGUCCACGAGCCGGUCUCUACCAAUAGUUGCUGUCAGAGUAGUAGCAGUGCACCACUAGCAUCGGCGAUGGAGAAUCUUGCGAUCCAGCCUCAUCAACAAACGGCACCGCUAGGUCUGGGGAAGAAGCGUGCCGGACGGGGCGCUGUUUUGAGCGGGCUCACCCACGAGUGUGGCGUGUUCGGUGCGAUUGCGACGGGCGAAUGGCCGACGCAGAUUGACGUGGCGCAGGUCAUCUGUCUCGGGCUGGUGGCGCUACAGCACCGCGGCCAGGAGUCGGCCGGUAUCGUGACGAGCGAGGGUCACUGUGCGAAAAACUUUAACGUGCACAAAGGCAUGGGCAUGAUUAACAAUAUCUUCACGGACGACUCGAUGAAGAAGCUGAAGGGUAAUCUCGGCAUCGGGCAUACGCGCUAUUCGACGUCGGCCGCGUCAGAGGAGGUCAACUGUCAGCCGUUCGUGGUGCAUACGGCGCAUGGUGCGCUCGCGCUAGCACACAACGGCGAGCUGGUGAACUGUGAGAGCCUGCGGAAGGAUGUGCUGUCUCGCGGUGUCGGACUGUCGACGCACAGUGACUCGGAGUUGAUCACGCAGGCGCUCUGUUUGAACCCGCCCGAGGGUGAGGUGGAUGGACCGGACUGGCCGGCGCGCAUCAAGCAUCUGAUGCAGCUCGCACCGCUCUCCUACUCGCUCGUGAUCAUGCUCAAGGACAAAAUCUACGGCGUGCGCGAUCCGUACGGCAAUCGGCCAUUGUGCAUUGGCAAGAUCGUACCGCUUACUAUCGGCGCGUACCGUCACGAAAAGGUCGACAAACUGCCGGCAGAAGGAUGGGUGAUAUCGAGUGAGAGCUGCGGCUUCCUGUCGAUCGGUGCCCGGUACGUCCGAGAGGUACAACCCGGUGAGAUUGUGGAGCUAACGCGCGACGGCAUCAAAACGAUCGACAUUGUCGACUGUCCGGAGAAUCGGCGCCAUGCGUUCUGCAUCUUCGAGUACGUGUACUUCGCCCGGUCGGACUCCAUUUUCGAGGGGCAGAUGGUGUACUCGGUGCGUUUGCAGUGUGGCCGUCAGCUGGCACGUGAAGCCGGUGUCGAUGCAGACAUUGUCAGUUCUGUGCCGGAGUCCGGUACGGCAGCAGCUCACGGCUUUGCACGAGAGGCUAAUCUCAACUUUGCGGAGGUGUUGUGCAAAAACCGAUACGUUGGCCGUACGUUCAUUCAACCGUCGACACGACUUCGGCAGCUCGGUGUGGCAAAAAAGUUUGGUGCGCUGUCGGAGAACGUAGCCGGCAAACGGUUGGUCUUGAUUGACGAUUCCAUCGUGCGGGGCAAUACGAUCGGUCCGAUCAUUAAGCUGUUGCGCGAUGCCGGUGCGCUGGAGGUCCAUAUCCGGAUAGCGAGUCCGCCGCUGCUCUACCCGUGCUACAUGGGCAUCAACAUUCCGACACGCGAGGAGCUUAUCGCGAACAAGCUGAACGCGGAGGAGCUGGCAAAGUAUGUCGGUGCGGACAGCUUAGCGUACCUGAGCGUGGAAGGUUUAAAGAAAGCGGUACAGCUAAACAUGGCUGCAAAGAAACCGGAACAGGUUGGGCACUGUACCGCCUGUCUGACCGGCGACUACCCGGGCGGGCUACCGGAUGAGCUGGACUGGUAG